AAGAACAACCAUGUUCCACAGGGGAAAGUUAUGCUCUCCCAUGAGAGGUUCUGAGAAAUCCCAGCUGGGUUAGAAACUACUGAAGCCAAAUUACCAACACCCCCAAAGAAAUGGGGAGCACAGCCUUGUGGUGAAAGCACAGGGCUAGACAUCAAACAUGUAACUACAGCUCAUAGAUGGGGAGGGUUGUUCCCUAGCAACCAUCCCUGAUGCUUACUCUUAGUUCCACCUCUUUGCCUGCACUUCUGGACUUCAGCAGGACCUGCCUGGUUAGAAGAAUCACUUUGUCAUCUCAACUGAGACCAUGGAACAGGAGGUGCGUGUGACCUCGGCCUCCCUGACACCUCUUGCAGCAAAACAUGAGCCUGUGCUAGCCCAUGACCCAUCAGUGGAACCUGGAGAUGUCAACAAGGAGCGCGUUCUGGCUGGGGCACGGGCCAGCGGCAAGAGAAUCUCUUUGAAAAGUUCUAGUAGAACCACCUGGAAGAUCUCCAAGAACCCAACAGACAGCAGAACACCCAUGAGUUCUCCUCAAGUCAAAUCCCAGGCAUCCCCCUCUGCGCAGCAUCUACACACCAGAAGCUAUAGUAAACAGAGUCUCCGGUCCAAAACUCCUUCUGCAUGGCGUCAUCUCACCAGAGAAGAAGAAGAAGCCCGGGAUGUCUCAAGUGCCAAAGAACCAGCAGUGGGGCAACAUCAAAGAGGAAGGACAGGAAGUCUCCUACAUCUUGCAAACUCUACUCAGAAGGAGGCAGACAGUGUCCAAGCCUACUCAAAUGGCAAAGAACCAGCAGCAGGGCAACAUCGACCUCUGGGGCCCAGGGUGCCUGGAUCUCCCCGAAAGACCACCAAGACCAGCCACAAGGAAGCGAGGGAAUUCCGAAAUGGCUUAAGUGCAAAGGAAUCCUUAGCAUCAAUAGGGCAAGACGUGAAAGCAGAGGGGAAGCUCUUUCAGGAGAAGAAAAACAGCAUAAUCCCAAUUAACAUCAAACACAAGUUCGGGAGCAGCAUCGUGGAUGAGCUCAUCACCGAGGAGCAGGUUGUGGAAGAAGUGGUGACACUGACACACAAGGAACGGGGAGGAUACUUUGCGGGGGGAGUGAUUGGAAGUACAGCACCUGGAGGAGGGUGUUUUAGGGGGAGGCAUUUGGGCUUUGCAACUGGGGGAGCAGGUCCAGUGACAAAUUCCAUACUCAGAGGCACCAGAUCUUCAACAAUUUCUUGUGUUCUCUCUCUGUCUCCCCAUCCUGACUUAUCUCUUCAUUCUCUUUCUCUCUCCCUCCUUGCACUCACGAUGAAGAAGCAGAGGGUGAAAGUCAUUAGAGACACAAAUAGCAUUAGAGGAUGUGAGGCGGUGUCACAGCACCUACCCCUCAGCCAAAUUCAGACCUGUUGUAAGAAGAUGAGACUCCAUUGAUUUCAGCUAAACUGCACCCAUUUAUACUAGGUCUGAAUUAGCUUAUGUAUUCAGGGUGAACCCAGAGAUUAGGGGUACACGCUAGUGAGAGAGGUACACGCAAGAACAAUGCUUGCCCCUGGGAUUAGGGUACAUCUAGGGUCUGCAUUUAGGGCUGGAGGUGCCUCCAGGGAGUCAGGUGCACUUAGAGUUUGUGGGUCAAGACUGACUCCAUGACGUUUGUGCUUGCCAGGCGCGCCGUGCUCUGUGUGAGGCUGGACUGAUCGAGGGGCAGAAACGACUCAGCAACCGGUCCUCUAAGACACCAGAGAAUCCCAUGGCCAC